GUGGGUUCGUUCGCGUGGUAGCACAUCUCUGAUCGCUCUCGCCUUCACGGGUUUGCGUUCGUUGCGUACGCCCGCGAGAGCGCCCUGCAAAAUAACAAAGGGGUGGGCGGUGAACACCCGUGUACCUCGUCCUUGGGACGACACUGCUUGCACCGACGCGGCAGCACGAGGAACAGCGGCAGGCGCGGGUAGAAGACGUGGGGGGGGGCAGGGAGAUGGGGGUAACAGAUACUAUUGUUGAUGCAAUAGGCUUCUCGGCAGGCUUUCUCGUGGCAUCGUCUCUUCUCCCGCAAAUAUGGCGAGCUCACAAACGACGAUCGGCGGCGGAUUUGAGCUUCACCUGGCAGGUGCGGUCUACAUGUACGUUCGUCUACAGCCAGUAG